UCAUAUUGUAACAGAGGCUCUCUAUUUUUCUCAAGAAAGGGCGAAACACAAUGCAGAUGAGAAAUCAGAAAUCUGCUGCACUCAUCGUUUUCAUCUAGUCGGCUAAUCCAUCACAAUUCGGCGUUCGAUUCCCGCGAUUUCAGAAUCACUCACGCCGUUGCGCCGCAUAGAAAGACAACUGAGAUCCCAUUUAAUAUCCGACGCCUGUAUUAUUUUAUUGAUCUCCUAAAAUUUGAUUGCGAAAUCCACCCUAAGAGCUAUCCCCUUCCUUUUGAAUUAGCUCGAUUUGAUGUUUCGGAUAGUGUAGGGCGUCUUUGUUGAGUAAUCGCUCGUUCGAUGGCUUCCUGGCUGAAAGCGGCUGAAGAUUUAUUUGAAGUAGUGGACCGAAAGGCGAAGCUAGCAGUUGGAGAGAAGCCAGAUGAACUUCCUGUUGCUGCCAAAGGUUCUAAUGGGCGAGGAUCUCAAGCAAAGAAGGCUAGAGCAAGAGCAAAGAAGAAACUUGUAUCUAAUGAAGCUCCUUCUGCUGCUGAUAAUGAAAGAGAGCAAACUAUACCUGAAACAUCACAAUCACCAGCAGAACCUGAUGAAAAUAUCCCAUCUCCUUUGAUUGAAAAUAGUGAGAGUAAUCCAGGUGUUCCUACUAGUAGAGUUGACAUUGAUGAGCAUUCCGAAGCUCAUAAUGACGGUUCAAUAACUGAGACUUCUGUGCUUGGAACAAUAUCUAGUAAUGAGGCCACAUCAGGUACUGGUGAUCAUGAUGAUACAAAAAAAUCUACUGAUGUAGAAUCUAGAGCUUUAAAUUUGAAUGGUGAGCCCAUGAUGGAAGAAUUGGUAGUUAACCCUGUUGGAAAUCCACUGAAUGACCCUAUAGAUGCUCAUGUAGUGAAUGGCAAUCCUUCCUCUGAUUUCAAUCGAAAAUUGAAAUCUGAAGAAGUGGAUUCUUCAAAGAAUAUUGAACUUUCUGGAUCUCAAACUCUACAUGAAGAUGCACCAAUUAAGGCUGAUACCCUAUCCAAGGAUGUGGAUUUGAUAAAUGAACCUGAUUUCAAGCACAAGCAGCAUCAAGAGCAAGAAACUGUUGAAUCACCAGUUAAAGUACAAGAACAAAUAGAAGAGGCUCAAGGACUACUUAAAAGUGCAAUUUCAACAGGGCAGUCAAAGGAAGCUAGGCUAGCUCGGGUUUGUGCUGGACUUUCAUCACGCCUGCAAGAGUACAAAUCUGAGAAUGCUCAGUUGGAAGAGCUUCUCACAGCAGAGAGGGAACUGACAAAAUCAUAUGAGGCUCAUAUAAAGCAGCUUCAGAAAGAUCUAUCUGCGUCUAAAGGAGAGGUGAGCAGAGUGGAGGCAAAUAUGGUAGAGGCAUUAUCUGCCAAGAAUGCUGAAAUUGAGGCACUUGUCAGUUCUGUUGAUGCGCUGAAGAAGAAAUCUGCUUUGGCUGAAGGAAACUUGACAUCACUUCAGGAAAGUAUGGAAUCUAUAAUGAGAAAUAGAGAAUUAACAGAAACAAGGAUGAUGCAAGCCCUAAGAGAGGAACUGUCUGCUGCUGAGAGGAGAGCUGAGGAGGAACGUUUUGCACAUAAUGCCACAAAGAUGGCAGCUAGAGAAAGGGAAGGAGAAUUAGAACAGAGAGCAAUUGAGGCAUCUACAGCAUUAGUCAAAACUCAGAGAGCAGCUGAUGAUAGGGCUUCAAAAGCAGCAGACCUUGAGCAGAAGGUAGCUCUUCUUGAGGUUGAAUGUGCUUCCCUGAAUCAAGAGCUGCAAGACAUGGAAGCUCGUGUUCGCCGUGGGCAAAAAAAAGCUCCUGAAGAUGCAAAUCAAGCAAUUCAGGUGCAGGCGUGGCAAGAGGAAGUGGAGCGUGCACGUCAAAGUCAGAGAGAGGCUGAGAGCAAACUUUCUUCAAUGGAGGCUGAAGUGCAGAAGAUGAGGGUUGAAAUGGCUGCCAUCAAGAGGGAUGCUGAGCACUACUCACGUCAGGAACACAUGGAACUGGAAAAACGUUACCGCGAGCUAACUGAUUUAUUGUAUUACAAGCAAACACAACUUGAAACUAUGUCCAGUGAAAAAGCAGCAGCUGAGUUUCAGUUGGAAAAGGAAGUCAAGCGUCUUCAGGAAGCACAGUUAGAAGCUGAAAGGAACAGAGUUUCUCGCCGUGCAUCAUCCUCUUGGGAAGAUGAUGCUGACAUGAAAACACUCGAACCUCUGCCCUUGCAUCAUCGCCAAAUGGCUGGAGCAAGCUUACAGUUGCAGUUGCAGAGGGCAGCAAAUAUAUUAGACACUGGGGCUGCUAGGGCAACAAGAUUCUUGUGGCGGUAUCCGAAAGCUCGCAUUAUCCUAAUGUUCUAUCUGGUUUUUGUGCAUCUCUUCUUGAUGUACCUCUUGCAUCGCCUUCAGGUACAAGCUGAUAACAAUACACCUAAUGAAGUCGAAGAAUCUAUGAGAUUAUUUAACCGGACAUCACGUUGAGCUGCUGCCUUGCUGGACAUUGUUUGCUUUGAGUUGCCAAGAAUAUCUAAUGGCAAUUGUUCUGCUGAUUCUUACACUAAACUAGGUUUUGUCACUAACAGGAAUUGCUCAACAUUGAAGAUGUAUAUGAUCCACAUCUUUUUUUUUUUGUUUCGGUAGUGAAAGAUGAAUUUGUGUGCUAUCCGAGAGGUAUAUGAUAUAGGAGUAUUAUUCUUAGAAUUCUUGACUAUAUAUCCAUCCGUAAAUGUGAACUGGAAAUUUAACCCAUUGCAUUUGCUGGGUGUUUCCAAUUUAUGUUGAAGAAGCACGACAUGUA